CACGCGCCCGUCGCGACAUGUCACGUGACGUCACGAGGCCGGAGUCAGCUGAGCUGCCGGGGCCAGGAGCGGGCAGUGGUCGGGGCGCGUGAGGCGCGGAGGACAGGGAGACGUUCCUGCCUUCGGCGGAGGGCCCUCUCGGUUCCUGGGGAGCGGAGGGGUCGGUCCCCCGGAGGCAAGGAGGAUCGCCGCUUUCGUCGCGGUGCCCCGGCGGGGGAGGCCGAGAGGCCGGCUGCCAUGGCGUCCAUCCUGGACGAGUACGAAGACUCGCUGUCGCGCUCGGCCGUCCUGCAGCCGGGCUGCCCCAGCGUGGGCAUCCCCCACUCGGGGUUUGUAAAUGUCCCACUGGAGAAGGAGGCACCCAUCUUUACCAAGCAGCGAAUUGACUUUACUCCCUCUGACCGUAUCACCAGCCUUGUAGUCUCCUGCAAUCAACUCUGCAUGAGCUUGGGCAAGGACACUCUACUCCGCAUCGAUCUGGGAAAGGCAAAUGAGCCCAACCAUGUGGAGUUGGGACGCAAAGAUGAAGCCAAAGUUCAUAAGAUGUUUCUGGAUCACACCGGCUCACACCUCUUGAUUGCCCUGAGCAGUACCGAAGUCCUCUACAUAAACCGCAAUGGACAGAAGGUUCGGCCACUGGCACGAUGGAAGGGGCAGCUGGUGGAGAGUGUGGGCUGGAACAAGGCCCUGGGCACAGAGAGCAGCACUGGGCCCAUCCUAGUGGGUACAGCCCAGGGCCAGAUCUUUGAAGCAGAACUCUCAGCCAGUGAAGGUGGCCUUUUUGGUCCUGCACCUGACCUCUACUUCCGCCCACUUUAUAUACUGCUGGAGGAGGGAGGCCCAGCACCUGUGUGCUCCAUAGAGGCAGAACGUGGCCUCGAUGGACGGUGUUUUGUCAUUGCCACUACUCGCCAGCGCCUAUUCCAGUUCACAGGCCGUGUGGCAGAGGGGGCUGAGGUCCAGGGCUUUUCCGGGCUCUUUGCCACAUAUACUGACCACCCACCACCUUUUCGAGAAUUCCCCAGCAAUCUGGGUUACAGUGAGUUGGCUUUCUAUACCCCCAAGCUGCGCUCUGCGCCCCGUGCUUUUGCUUGGAUGAUGGGGGAUGGCGUACUGUACGGCGCAUUGGACUGUGGGCGUCCCGAUUCUUUGCUGAGUGAAGAAAGAGUGUGGGAUUAUCCACCUGGUGUAGGCCCUGGAGCCAGCCCACCCCUGGCUAUCGUCCUGACCCAGUUCCACUUCUUGCUGCUCCUAGCAGACCGAGUAGAAGCAGUGUGUACAUUAACAGGGCAGGUGGUGUUACGAGAUCACUUUCUAGAAAAAUUUGGGCCACUACGACAUAUGGUGAAAGACUCCUCUACUGGCCACCUGUGGGCUCACACUGAGCGUGCUGUGUUCCGUUAUCACGUACAGCGUGAGGCCCGGGACGUUUGGCGCACCUAUCUGGAUAUGAAUCGUUUUGACCUGGCCAAAGAAUAUUGCCGUGAGCGGCCUGACUGCCUAGACACGGUUCUGGCCCGUGAGGCUGACUUCUGCUUCCGCCAGCGCCGCUACGUGGAGAGCGCUCGAUGCUAUGCCCUGACCCAAAGCUACUUUGAAGAGAUUGCCCUCAAGUUCCUGGAAGUUCGACAGGAGGAGGCCUUGGCAGAAUUCUUGCAGCGGAAAUUGGCGGGGCUGAAGCCAGCUGAGCGCACCCAGGCCACACUGCUCACUGCCUGGCUGACAGAACUCUACUUGAGCCGGCUAGGAGCACUUCAGGGUGAUGCAGAUUCUUUGCCUCUUUAUCGGGAAACACGAGAGCGAUUCCGAGACUUUCUCAGUAGCCCGCGCAACAAAGAAUGGCUCUUUGCCAGCCGAGCCUCAAUCCAUGAGUUGCUGGCCAGCCAUGGGGACACAGAACACAUGGUGUAUUUUGCUGUGAUCAUGCAGGACUAUGAACGGGUUGUAGCAUAUCACUGCCAGCAUGAAGCCUAUGAGGAGGCUUUGGCUGUGCUCUCCCGGCACCAUGAUCCCCAGCUCUUUUAUAAAUUUUCACCCAUUCUCAUUCGUCAUAUUCCUCGACAGUUGGUGGAUGCUUGGAUUGAGCUGGGCAGCCGACUGGAUGCCCGGCAGCUCAUCCCAGCCCUGGUGAACUACAGCCAAGGUGGGGAAGCCCAGCAAGUGAGCCAGGCCAUCCGCUACAUGGAAUUCUGUGUGAAUGUGCUAGGGGAAACUGAGCAAGCCAUUCACAACUACCUGCUCUCAUUGUAUGCAAGAGGUCAGGCUGCUGCAUUGCUGGCCUACCUGGAGCAGGCAGGGACCAAUCCCCACCGGGUGCACUAUGACCUCAAAUAUGCCCUACGACUCUGUGCAGAGCACGGCCAUCACCGGGCCUGUGUUCACGUCUACAAGGUGUUAGAGUUUUAUGAAGAGGCUGUCGACUUAGCUCUCCAGGUGGAUGUGGACCUGGCUAAACAGUGUGCAGAUCUGCCGGAAGAGGAUGAGGAGCUGCGUAAGAAACUGUGGCUGAAAAUCGCCCGGCACGUGGUACAAGAGGAAGAAGAUGUGAAGACUGCCAUGGCCUGUCUGGCUAGUUGUCCUCUCCUCAAGAUAGAGGAUGUGUUGCCUUUCUUUCCAGACUUUGUCACUAUUGACCACUUCAAGGAGGCCAUCUGCAGCUCCCUGCAGGCCUACAACCGGCACAUUGAUGAGCUCCAGCGGGAGAUGGAGGAAGCUACAGCCAGUGCCCAGCGGAUUCGGCGAGACCUGCAGGAGCUUCGUGGGCGCUAUGGCACUGUGGAGCCUCAAGACAAGUGCUCAGCCUGUGACUUCCCCCUGCUCAAUCGUCCUUUCUAUGUCUUUCUUUGCAGUCACAUGUUCCAUGCUGACUGCCUCCUGCAGGCCGUUAGGCCUGGCCUCCCUGCCUAUAAGCAAGCCCGUCUGGAGGAGCUGCAGCGAAAGCUAGGGGCUGCUCCACCUCCCACCAAAGGCCCAGCCCGCACAAAAGAAGGAGAAGGAGGGACUCCAGGAGCACCCAGCCGGGAACAGCUGAAAGCUGACCUGGAUGAACUGGUGGCAGCUGAGUGUGUCUACUGUGGGGAGUUGAUGAUCCGUUCCAUUGACCGGCCUUUCAUCGAUCCCCAGCGAUAUGAAGAAGAACACCAAAGCUGGCUUUAGGGGGUCACCGCUGCUCACCACAAGAUGGGGGAAACAUACCAUCUGCUAAGUCCCUGUCCCUCCUGUAGACAUCUAGUGAUUCUCAUUUCCAGUGAGGCGAGGGACAGGCAGGAUUAUAAGUGCCCCUGUGGGGCCUAUCUCACUGUAGCCCUUUCUUUGUCUAAGCUGGAUCUGCCAGUUCAUCUGCUGUCUCUUUGAGAUGGCACCAUGUUCUUGACCACCCCUUUCCCCCGCCAAAUCUCACCAGUGCUUCUUGUCUCAAGAGCACUUAUUCUGUAGAAAUGUUGCCUUCCCAUUUGCAUUCUACAUGCCUCUGUUUCUUUCCCUGGUUGGAGGCAAUUCCCAUUUACUUGCCAGAGCUGCUGGACUCUUGUCCUCACUGUAUAACCUCUCAGGUUCCAGCAUGCACAACUAAAUCUGCAGAGGAGGACUCUUCUUGUGAGGAGCAAGGAGUCUGCAUGCUUUCUUGGACCCUCAUGGGUCCCCUGAGCUGGGGAAAAGACUGACUGAGGGGGAUGUCAGCUAGUGGGCCUUUGGGCCCCUGUGCCUAGGAAGCCGUUGUAAGGAAUGCUGCUCCUCGGGUUUAGAAGACAUUAAACUGUCUGUGAUGCUGUC